AUGCUAAGAUCUGCUGCAAACAUGACCAGAAAGUUCUCCUCGUCGGUGCCAAAGGGCGACUUGUUCAAGUACCAAUCCCAGCUCCCCAAGUUGCCAGUGCCAACUUUGCAAGAAACCUGCCACAAGUACUUGCGCACAGUUGAGCCUUUCUUGUCCGAGUCGCAGUUGAAGUCGACUCAGGCGAUCGUGGAGGAGUUUGCUCGUCCUGGUGGCCAGGGUGAAGUCCUCCAGAAGAGAUUGGAGGAAUUUGCCCAAGGUAAGGACAACUGGUUGGCUGAAUUCUGGGAUGACUACGCUUACAUGUCCUACAGAGACCCAGUCGUUCCUUAUGUUUCGUACUUUUUCAACCACAAAGACGUGAACAAUGCUAUUGGCAAGAACCAGUUGUACAAGGCGUCGUUGAUUGCCUACUACACUGCCCAGUUCGCCGAGAGUGUGGAAAAUGAAACCUUGGAGCCCGAAGUCAUCAAGGGCAACCCUUACUGUAUGAACGCUUUCAAGUACAUGUUCAACAACUCCAGAGUCCCAGCUGCCGGCAGCGACAUCACCAAGUUGUACGACCCUGCCGAGCACAGGUACUUUGUUGUGGCCUUGAACAACAACUUCUACAAGGUGUACCACCACGACAAAGAUGGCAAGCCUUUGUCGAAGGUGGCCAUUUACAAGCAGUUAGAAUACUUGGUCAAUGUGGUGAACCCUAGAGUUCCACGUGGCUUGGGUGUGGGUGCUCUCACAUCUUUGAACAGAGACGAGUACUUGAGCGCCUACGAGAACAUGAUUACUUCUCCUGUCAAUGAUGCUUCGUUCGAGACCAUUUUUGCAUCGUCUUUCGUGCUUUGUCUCGAUGAGAACACCCCUGUGACCAUCAAGGAGAAGUCUGCCAACAACUGGCACGGCGAUGGCCAGAACAGAUUCUUCGACAAGCCAUUGGAAUUCUUUGUGGCCAAGAACGGUAACUCUGGUUUCUUGGGUGAGCACUCCAGAAUGGACGCCACUCCAACUGUCCAAAUGAACAACUUUGUUUUGCUGCUGAUUGCCAAGGAGGACCCUGCUGCGUUCAUCAAGGAAAUUGCCAACGACUCCACUUUGGCUCCUGAAGUUGUCCCAGAGGCUCCAUCUGUGUUGCCAUUUGACAUUUCUGUCAAGGCAAGAGCCGACAUUGAGGCUGCUAAAGCCAAGUUUGCUGAGACCAUUGCUGCUCACGACGAGGAAGUGUUCCAGUACUACGGCUACGGUAAGAACUUGAUCAAGCAGUUCAAGGUUUCUCCUGACGCUUACGUGCAGAUGAUGAUCCAGUUGGCGUACUACAAGUUGACUGGAAAAAUCCGUCCAACGUACGAGUCUGCUGCCACCCGUAAGUAUUUGAAGGGUAGAACCGAGACUGGUAGAUCUGCCUCUGUCGAGGCCAAGAAGUUUGUUGAGACCUUCACUGACUUGAACGCCACCAAUGAGGAAAAGAUUGCUGCUUUUAACGCCGCUUGCAAACAGCAUGUCAAGUACCUUGUGGAAGCUGCUGAUGGAAAAGGUGUGGACCGUCACUUGUUCGGAUUGCUGCAGAUGAUCAAGCAGGGCGAGGAGGUGCCCGGUAUUUUCAAGGACCCAAUCUUCAAGUACUCUAGUACUUGGUACCUUUCUACCUCGCAGGUUCCAUCUGAAAACUUCCAGAGUUGGGGCUGGUCGCAGGUCAUUGAUGAAGGCUUUGGUUUGGCCUACCUCGUCAACAACGAAUGGUUGCAUGUGCACAUCUCGUGCAAGAAGGGCUAUGGCUUGAGAUCUGACUACAUGAAAUACUACUUGACAGAGGCUGCCAACGAAAUGAAGCUGGUCUUGUCUACCCAGUUGCCAGCCAAGGCCAAGCUCUAA